AUGGCGCCAGGACAUGCAAGCGACGAGAAUUAUACUAAAUAUGGUGGUAAAUACACGGUAACACUAAUACCCGGUGAUGGUAUUGGACAAGAAACCGCUGCAGCCGUUAAAACGAUAUUUAAAGCCGCCAAUGUUCCAAUUGAAUGGGAGCAAUUAGAUGUCACUGGUUAUACGGAGAAGGGUGAUGUACUGUUCCAGCAGAGUGUUGAUAGUAUACGGAGAAAUAAAAUUGCUUUGAAGGAUCUUGAUAUUUAUGCAUCUUUGGUACUUAUAAAGAAUAUAGCGGGAUAUCCAACGCGUCAUAAAGACGUCGAUUUUGCAAUAAUUCGCGAAAAUACUGAAGGAGAAUAUGCUGGAUUGGAACAUCAGUCAUAUCCAGGCGUGGUGGAAUCUCUGAAAAUUGUUUCGAGAGAAAAGACUCAACGAAUAGCACGAUUUGCUUUUGAUUUUGCACUCAAGAAUGGUCGCAAAAAAGUAACAUGUGUACACAAAGCUAACAUCAUGAAACUUGGCGAUGGUCUCUUUUUGAACACAUGUCGUGAAGUCGCAAAAGAAUAUGAAUCAACAGGCAUUCAAUUCAAUGACAUGAUUGUGGAUAAUUGUUCUAUGCAAUUAGUAUCUCGACCUCAACAAUUUGACGUGAUGGUGAUGCCUAAUUUAUACGGCAAUAUUGUCAGUAAUGUCGGGGCAGCGUUAGUUGGUGGUCCUGGAAUCAUACCGGGAGCAAAUAUUGGAAGUGAUUUUGCCUUGUUUGAACCGGGUUGUCGACAUGUUGGCAAAGAUAUUCAGGGACACAAUACUGCCAAUCCUACAGCUUUACUUCUUUCAGGGGUAAUGAUGUUGCGUCAUCUUAAUCUUGAAGAUCAUGCCAAUAAAAUAUCGAAUGCUGUUUACAAAACAAUCGAAAGAGGAACGGCAAAGACACCAGAUAUGGGUGGUUUCUCAACAACUACAGACUUUACACUUUCUGUCAUAUCCAAUUUGUAA